AUCCAACUGUAUCGAUACCAUUAAGUGGUGCCGAACAGACAAAAUGAACGUACAAAUAGUCUUCUUAGUUUUAGUAACUAUUUUGCCUGCAUCGAUUCUGUGCCAAUCAGAUGCCGAUACAUGGUACAAAGGUGGCAAUUUCUAUCAAAUUUAUCCAAGAUCGUUUAAGGACAAUAAUAAUGACGGCAUCGGUGAUUUGAAAGGAAUCACAUCAAAGUUGGAAUACCUCAAAGAAAUCGGAAUUGACGGAGUCUGGCUAUCACCCAUAUACAAGAGUCCAAUGAAAGAUUUCGGAUACGACAUUUCGGAUUUCACACAAAUUCAACCAGAAUAUGGAACAAUGAAAGAUUUUGAAGCCCUUGCUGCAAAAUGCAAACGACUUGGCAUUCGUCUUAUUCUGGACUUUGUCCCAAAUCACACAUCCGAUCAGCAUGAAUGGUUCAUCAAAUCAGUGAACAAAGAGCCUGGCUAUGAGAAUUUCUUCUAUUGGCAUCCCGGAAAAGUCAAUGCAACAACUGGUGAACGAUCACCGCCAAGCAAUUGGCUCAGUAGUUUCCGCUACAGCGCAUGGGAAUGGAAUGAGAAGCGUAAACAGUACUAUUUGCAUCAAUUCACUAUUGAACAGCCGGAUUUGAACUACCGUGAACCAGCUGUGGUUGCAAAAAUGAAGGAGGUUUUGGUUUAUUGGCUGGACAAAGGUGUUUCUGGUUUUCGUGUGGACACAAUUCCAUCGUUGUUUGAAGUAGCACCCGAUGAAAAUGGUAAUAUCCCAGACGAACCACCCAGUGGUAAAUGCAAUGAUCCAGAUGACCCUUGCUACCUGAGUCACAUUUACACGUACGAUCAAAACGAAACCUACGGCAUAGUCUAUGAAUGGCGAGAACUCCUCGAAGAUUAUCGUAAGCAACAUGGAGGCGAUCAACUUAUUCUGAUGACCGAAGCCUACAGUGAAUUGCCCUAUAUUUUGCGGUAUUAUGGAGACGGAAAACUGAAUGGCUCACAAAUUCCAUUCAAUUUCCAUCUUCUGCGGAAUACUAACAAAACCAGCGAUGUAUUCGAAUUCAAGAGGUUGAUUGAAGAGUUUUUAGGUGGCGUACCGGCUGGUUCGGAAGCCAAUUGGGUGUUGGGAAAUCACGACCAAAAACGUUUGGCAAGCCGUCUUGGUGAACAAAGAGUUGAUUUAUUCAACAUUCUACUCAAAACUCUGCCCGGCAUCUCGAUUACUUAUCAAGGUGAAGAAAUCGGUAUGACUGACGUCAUAAUUUCAUGGGAAGAUUCAGUUGAUCCACCGGCAUGUAACUCGAAUGAAACCACUUAUUAUGCGGUGUCACGUGAUCCUGCCCGUACCCCAUUCCAAUGGGACGAUUCAAGAAAUGCUGGCUUCAAUUGGUUCAAAAAACCAUGGCUUCCAAUCAGCACGAACUACAAAUGUGUUAAUGUGAAAACUCAACGCGCUCAACCGCGAAGCCACUUGAACAACUACAAACGUCUGAUUAAACUGCGCAAAGAAGCCUCCCUCGGAAAUGCUUCAUAUGAAUCGGCUCUGUUCGGAGAAAUUUAUACAUACAAACGUCAAAGCGGUUCAGUCAAACCGAUUGUAGUGGCUUUGAACUUUGGCAAAACAUGGGAGACAAUCAAUUUAUCAGCGAAAUAUAAUUUGCCAGAAGCACUGAAGGUCGUUGUUGCAUCAAUUGAAUCACAAUAUACAGAAGGACAAAUUGUGAAUGGUACUCGACUGACUGUUCCCAAUGACAUUGGGCUGGUGCUUACAACACUUUAAUUGAAGACACGCUGACCGUAAUUACCGAAGUAUUCUAAUCGGAGUCAAUUCAAUAAAGAUAACAUUUACUACACUUUCAGUAUAUUGCAGUGCAA